CUGACGGCCUCUGCUGUGUCCCCCCUGCAGGAUGAGUUCCUGAAGAGCAACCCCAAUGGAAUUAACCCUGUGAGCGCCAACGAUGUCUUCUUCAGUCUGCAUGCUGUCGUGUUCUGUGUGGUCUACAUAAGCCAGGCCGCUGUGUAUGAGAGGGGGGGCCAGAAGGUCUCGCGCACAGCCUGCUUCCUGCUGGUGGUUGGCUGGACGUUUGCCUUGGUCAGCCUGUUUGUUGCCGUAGCCAAACAGAUCACCUGGCUGGAUUACCUCUACUAUUUCUCCUACAUCAAACUGGCAGUCACUCUGGUCAAAUAUGUGCCUCAGGCGUACAUGAACUACAAAAAGCAGAGCACCGACGGGUGGAGCAUUGGCAACGUGCUGCUGGACUUCACAGGGGGAGUCCUCAGUAUUCUGCAGAUGAUCCUUCAGUCUUACAACAACGACGAGUGGAGGCUUAUAUUUGGCGAUCCCACCAAGUUCGGUCUGGGUGUUUUCUCCGUGGUGUUCGACAUCCUCUUCAUGACUCAGCACUACUGUCUCUACAGACAGCGGCCACAGUAUGAAGCUUUUAUUGGGCUACCAGACUGAUGCUGCCUGUAGACGGAGUGUCAAAAUAACCUUACAAAGGAGCACGCACAAUAAGCACAUACUGUUUCAAACUGCUGAAGAGAAGUUGUGGUGCCUGUCGUAUUUGACUUCCAUCAUAUGUUCUCUUCAGCAGCUUGCCUUUUUAAAAUGUAUAUCUCAGGGUUAGGGGGCUUUUUUUCUUUACUCUGUUUGACAAUUAUUGAUAGAAUGUAUAAGAACCAAUUAUGUCACGAUGACGAUGUAUGCACCUUCUUUUUUUUUUAUUAAAUGAAGAUUACCACUAAAAUCAUUCUUCUUUUUUUUGCAUAACUAGGUUCUGAUUGAUGAAUUGCCAUGCUAGUAUUAUCAGACACAGAUCAGAAACAAGAAAUGACAAAGAUAUGUUUCAGGUUAUAGAUGCCAUCUUUACACCUGGCAUUAUAAUGUGCUUUAGGUAAUCAGACUGCAUUGGAAAGUGCUUGACCACAUUACAGUACAGGAAAAUGUAUCAUAUAGGUGUUGUGGAAGGAUUGUGAUCCAGAGGUAGUCGGAGUGUCACUACAUUGAACACAAGCGUCUUCAGUCCAUAUACAACCACUGAGCUCUGAACAUCCAGUUGUUCUCAUUUUGCACCUGCAAUAUUAAACAACAUGAACAAUCCAAAGAUGUAUCCUUAGUGCAAUUUAAAUUGUUCUAAUUUCAUCCUAAUUCACUUUCAGCUUUCAUGUUUUUGUUGUUUCAUUCAACUUAAACUUGAUCUGCUUUAGUUAUAAUUAACAUUUUUUAAAGGGGCGUUAUUAUGCUUUUUGGGGUUUCUGAUUUCCUGUAGUGUGUUUUGUAGGUGCUGCA